CACAGUGGAGCUCCAGACCGCGCACCUACGAGGAAACUGCGUCGAAGCGGCGGCCACUUCCCUCAGUGUGGGUCUGUCUGGGUGUGUGCUGGGGUCAAAGACCACUUGCCGUCCGGUCCUGGGAUUAUUUUGGCUGUUUUGUGGGACGUGGAUCAUGAGCGAGGGGGGCUUCCCCAAACCGUUUCCGUCUUUACUCCCGGCACGGAAUGACUUGCUGUGAUUGAGGACCGCAUCAUGGAGAUCCAGAAGAGUUUUUCUUCGUGUUGGCGGCGUUUUUUGGCGUGUUUUAAAAAAUCGAACCAAGCUGGGGAGGACAGCAGAGGAGAGGCGGCUGCCACGGUGAUCGCAAACCCCGGUGCUGAGAAGAAGUCAGAGCCGGUCCUUCAGUCCAGCCGGUCUCUGCCGCCGCUGCCUGUGGAGAAAGCCGGCCAGUAUUACAUCGCCCAGUAUGACUACUCCGCUCGCACCGAGGAGGACCUGAGCUUCCAUGCGGGGGACACCUUAGAGGCCCUGGAUAAAAGUGCUGGAGAGUGGUGGUUCGCGAGAGCCGUCACCGGGGUCUCGGCCUUCAAGCAGGGCUACAUCCCGGCUAAUUAUGUGGCACCUGUGGAGAGCAUUGAUGCAGAGCCAUGGUAUUUCCCUGACACCAAGAGGCUGGAUGCAGAGAAGAUGCUGCUGGCAGGAGGGAACCAGCACGGCGCCUUCCUCAUCAGAAACUGUGAAAGCCAGAGAGGGGAGCUCUCCCUCUCAGUGCUGGACAGUGGGAGGGUGAAGCAUUACAAGCUGAAAAAACUGGAGAACGGUCACUACUUUGUGUCGAGGAGCAGAUCCUUUCAAACACUGAAUGAGUUAGUGGAAUAUUACUCCAAACAGGCCGACGGUCUCUGUGUGCGUCUGGGUGAGCCGUGCAAGAAGAUGGAGGCUCCACAGACUCAUGGUCUGUCUUACAACACUGUGGACCAAUGGGAGAUUGACCGCAAGUCCAUCAAGCUGCUGAGGAAGCUGGGAGCCGGUCAGUUUGGAGAAGUGUUCGAGGGCCUGUGGAACGAGACCACAGCAGUGGCAGUGAAGACCCUCAAACCUGGUACCAUGGACGCUGAGGACUUCCUGAGAGAGGCUCAGAUCAUGAAGAGGCUGCGGCAUGCCAAGCUGAUCCAGCUGUACGCUGUGUGCACCCUGCAGGAGCCCAUCUACAUCAUCACAGAGCUGAUGAAGAACGGCAGCCUGCUGGAGUACCUCCAGAAGGACAAGGGCACCACGCUGCGUCUCUCUGACCAGAUUGAGAUGGCUGCCCAGGUGGCAUCAGGCAUGGCUUUCCUGGAGCUACAGAACUACAUCCACAGAGACCUAGCAGCCAGGAACGUCCUCGUGGGCGAGAACAACAUCUGCAAGGUGGCUGACUUUGGCCUUGCCAGGGUCUUCAUGAAAGAGAAUGAAAAUGUGUAUGAGGCCAAAGAAGGAACUAAAUUCCCUGUGAAGUGGACCGCUCCAGAGGCCAUGCAUGACAACAGGUUCAGCAUCAAAUCUGACAUUUGGUCCUUUGGAAUUUUGCUGUAUGAGAUCAUGACAUUUGGACAGAUGCCUUACCCGGCCAUGACCAACUACCAGGUGGUCCAGAAGGUUCCCCAGGGCUACAGGAUGCCAUGCCCCCCCAGCUGCCCCAAAGUCCUGUAUGACAUCAUGAUGGACUGCUGGAAGGAGAACGAGCAGGAGCGGCCCACGUUCGAAACCCUGCAGUGGAAGCUGGAGGACUUCUUCGACCUGGACGUAACCUCCUACGACGACGCUGGCCGUUACUAGCACCACGACCAGGCUGUGACACGCGGGAGACAGAGACAAACAAACCAAAAUGUAUUCUCUCUGCAGUGUCUCACAGUCAAACAUGAACACACACUGUGCUGAUGUUUUUAUGAAGUAAUACAUUCAAAUCGAAUUUAAAAGCUCACUGCAGCCAAAUGAAGGAUCUGAAAUGUUGCAGUGAGGAAGCUUUUACUAGAGCAACAGUCGGUUGCGACACCCCUGAACUCGCUUUGUUCGACAGCUGAAUGCACUUUCAGACAGGCUGUACACGCAUGGAGCCGAACCCUCCAAGCCUCCUUUCAGCAGAGACAGAAAGCUGCUAUCUGUCCAUCCCGCUCAACCGGUUGUUCCUUCACUCAGCGUAGCUUGCAUUCUUUCCACUGCUUACCUGCGAGCAAUUACCAGAAGGUACCUGAGAGGAUUUAUGAGUCAUGUUCACUUGCGAGCUCAAUCUGUUCGGCUUUGUGUCUUUGAAUGAGACUGAGUGAGCGGUGUGCAUUAUCCGCUGAUCUCACUCCUGACUGCGCAUGUAGCAGCCACAGGUGAUGUAACAUUAUUCAACGGUAAGUGACCCAUUAAAUGAAAGCACAAUAAGAUUCUCUCUUAUAAAGAAGCUGCUUCUGCUUUUCUUACAUAAAAACUAAUCUAAAGUCAAGUCCACUCCCUCAUUACAUACUGAUUGUUUCACUUAAGGCACAUUUCUUUUGCCACUGCAAUAACUGCUACAAGAGAGCUGAAGCCAAAAGAGCAGUUCAGGUUUGUGUGGAGGCCUGCGGGUGUCACGGAGAGAAAAAAAUAUUAACGAUUUAAUGAUUAUUUAAAGCUGCAUUGAUUUUUUGCAACACUCAAAUAUAAAACUGCAGCAACAGAAGAUGUAGAUUGUUGUCUCCUCCCGCCAGCUGUGUGCACCAGCUGUGUUUUCAUAUUGAGGUGCCUUAUAUUGAGUCAUUCCUUUGUACUAAUAUGGCUAGUUUAUCAUAUUCAGUACACGUGUCCUCGUCCGCUCAGGACUUCCUGCGGUAUUAUGUUGUAUGUCCAUUAGCCUGUUGAUAGUGUUGGUUGCUAUCAUUUGGCUGAAUAUACACCACUGUGUUAGCUUUGUGGCAAUGUAGUGCAAAAUAAACAGUGCAAGCUGUCAGGCCAUGGAUCAUCUGUCUGCUGUCAAUGGGCCACAUGUUAAAUGCAGUUUACUUCAGAUCUUGGAUGGAGGUACAUGUGCGUGCACCAGAUUUUGCCCAAAUGUUUGUUUGACAUCCGUUAAACAUACCCAUUACUUUUUACUGAUGGGAGCUACAUCGUAUCACUGUACCUGUAAACCUGCAGUGCACUCAUUCCUAUCUGCUUUUACAAUGACGCACAUUUAGCUGAAUGCAUUGUUUUGGAAGUCUCGCUCAUGUGGCACGUACAUUCUAAUGGCUCAAUGACUGAACAAUGUGAAGCUGGACUUUAAUCCCUCUUUUUUGAUUGUUUUUGUUCAAAGCUGUCGUGCUGCUCUCAGAUCUGUGGCCACAUUUCUUUCUGACCAUCAGUAGCCAAAAGAUUGAAGAGUCGGAUGUUUGACACAUACACUUAAGUGGUUAAAGCUGGUGGAUUAUCUCAUGCGCUGAUGAUUUUAUAUGAUGUAUUUAGUGUUGUGAACAAAAUCUUGUCAAGUGUACAUUAAACCAUGGCAGUGUUUAUAAUCAUACUGUAUUUUAACAUAAUUAUCAUAUAUGCAUAUCACAAUUAAAUGACUUAU